GAUAACAACAGUCAGUUUGUUUGGUUAGGAGGACAAUAGUGGCCCCUGAUUUUCAUCAAAAGCGUGUAACAUAGUCAAAUAAACCUGUUCCAAGUCUUCCCUUCCCGGUCUCUUGUCUUGUCUCUCAUCACCUCACCUUGUGGAAAACUCCAAUCCAUUCCCAUCUUCUUUCUUUGACUCACUUGGUAUUUUCCUUCUUCUUCACAACUCUUUUUUUGUUUCAUACACUUUUGUUUCCUUAAUUGGGUUUUUUAGUAACCAAGGAACAGUGCUAUGCUAUGGACUCUAUAGUUUGUGCUGCAGAUUUCAUUAGAUACCAAUCUGAGUGAAGUGUACCUGGAUAAUUUGUUCUUAGCUUUUUUUUGUGUGUUUGAGAUCUUGGUGAAGAUGGUUUUGAGUAGCAGAAUUUUCAGUACUCCUAUCAUUGUUAGUUUCUCACUGCUAGUUAUUAGUUGUGGCAUUACCUACGGUACCGAGACUGACAUCUUAUGCUUAAAAAGGGUAAAAGAAUCACUUAAAGACCCAAACAAUUAUUUGCAGAAUUGGGAUUUCAACAACAAAACUGAAGGGUCUAUUUGCAAGUUCACUGGUGUUGAAUGUUGGCAUCCUGAUGAAAAUAGGGUUUUGAAUCUCAAACUUUCCAAUAUGGGACUUAAGGGCGAGUUUCCUCGCGGUAUUCAAAAUUGCUCGAGCUUAACUGGAUUAGAUUUUUCGUUGAACAGCCUCUCUAAAUCAAUUCCGGCCGAUGUAUCUACCCUUAUUGGCUUUGUGACCACUCUUGAUCUAUCUUCAAAUGAUUUCACUGGAGAGAUCCCUGUCUCGCUUGCUAAUUGUACCUAUCUUAAUAGUAUUAAACUUGACCAAAACCAACUCACCGGUCAAAUUCCUCUAGAAUUUGGUGGACUCACGCGGCUUAAGACGUUUAGUGUUUCCAACAAUCUUUUGUCAGGACAAGUUCCAACUUUUAUUAAACAAGGUAUAGUUACGGCAGAUAGUUUUGCAAAUAAUUCGGGACUCUGCGGAGCUCCUUUAGAGGCUUGCAGCAAGUCUUCGAAGACUAACACUGCAGUUAUAGCUGGAGCAGCUGUUGGUGGUGCGACUCUUGCAGCAUUAGGAGUAGGCGUUGGAUUGCUCUUCUUUGUACGCAGUGUUUCUCACAGGAAAAAGGAAGAAGAUCCUGAAGGAAAUAAAUGGGCGAGAAUUCUUAAGGGAACCAAGAAAAUAAAGGUUUCAAUGUUUGAGAAGUCAAUUUCAAAAAUGAACUUGAGUGAUCUCAUGAAGGCGACUAAUAACUUCAGUAAAAGCAAUGUUAUUGGGACUGGAAGAUCUGGAACUGUUUACAAAGCUGUCCUUGACGACGGCACAUCACUCAUGGUUAAGAGAUUACUGGAAUCUCAACACUCGGAGCAAGAAUUUACGGCUGAGAUGGCCACACUAGGAACAGUGCGACAUCGUAACUUGGUUCCUCUCUUAGGUUUUUGCCUGGCCAAAAAGGAGAGGCUUUUGGUCUAUAAAAAUAUGCCAAAUGGUACUCUUCAUGACAAACUACACCCUGAUGCUGGCGAGUGCACUAUGGAGUGGUCUGUAAGACUCAAAAUCGCAAUUGGAGCAGCCAAAGGAUUCGCAUGGCUUCAUCACAACUGCAAUCCUCGUAUCAUCCACCGAAACAUAAGCUCAAAGUGCAUUUUGUUGGAUGUAGAUUUCGAGCCCAAAAUUUCUGAUUUUGGCCUUGCAAGAUUGAUGAACCCAAUCGAUACCCAUUUGAGUACUUUUGUAAAUGGUGAGUUUGGUGAUUUAGGUUAUGUUGCUCCUGAGUAUACAACAACUUUGGUGGCUACACCUAAAGGGGAUGUUUAUAGCUUCGGAACUGUGCUUCUUGAGUUGGUAACAGGUGAAAGACCUACGCAUAUAGCAAAAGCUCCAGAAACUUUUAAAGGAAAUUUGGUAGAAUGGAUUAUGCAGCUCUCUGUCAACUCUAAACUAAAAGACGCUAUCGAUGAAUCACUAGUUGGAAAAGGCGUUGAUCAUGAACUUUUUCAGUUUCUAAAGGUUGCAUGUAACUGUGUUUCAUCAACUCCAAAGGAGAGGCCUACUAUGUUUGAAGUCUACCAGUUUCUAAGAGACAUUGGGAGUAGAUAUAAUUUCAUAACUGAGGAUGAGAUAAUGAUACUUACAGAUAAUGGUGAUGCUGGUAAGUUGGAAGAACUUAUCGUAGCGCGAGAGGGACAUAAUUGAUAAGGUAUUUGAGAUAUAAUAGGGUAUGCAGUUAAAUUUUAAUUUGUAAGUAUCUCUUCCUUUGUGAUUCUGAAAUAAGUUUUAUAAUUUUAAUGCGUUAUAAUAUAAAUGUUAUGGUCUAAAUGCAGUUGUGUGCCAUCAAUAUUGAAACAUCAUGAUAUCCUGGAAAUUCAUCUCUGUCUUGUAUGUUGUUUGAUUGUUAUUGUUAUGUUGGUGGAAAUUCAUCA